AUGGUACUCGGAAAGUCUGAGCAAUGUCCGGAAGGAGUAGUCGAUCCAGACUUCUAUGCUGUUGAUGAUUUACAUUCAGAGCGAGUCACAGCAACUGAGGAAAAGCAGGGAAGUUUUGGCGCACAAACGCUCAUCAUCGUUAUGCUAAUGACGAUUGCAAUAGCAUCUGUUUGCGGUUUCUUUGUUGGCUAUCGCAUUGCCAGGUGGAAGCUCAUACAGGAAGGCCAUCGUCAUUCAUCCGGUUCUUCUACAGGU